AUGCGGGAGGAAGAGGAGGGAGAGGAGGAGCUGCAGCGGGAGCGGGAGAAUCGCGGCGCUCGCAGCGCCCGCACGCCGAGCCUGCAGCAGCCCCUGCCCCGGGAGCAUCGCCCCCAGCCCCGAGCCGCAGGGGAGGGCGGAGGCCGAGCUCGCCCCGGCUCCAGCCAGGGGUCUCCAGGAGGAUUUUUUGGAGAGUGUUCGGAGCCGGCAGAUCCCGGACUCGACCCCCGGAUAUCGCCGGGCUCCCCAAGAGGAGCUUUUUCGGGGGGAGAGGAGCCGCAAUCGCCCCUCGGGAGGGUCCCGGGGGGUCCACGUGGGGAUGGCCCGGAAGGUGGACAGAGCUUCAGCCAGAGCUCAGAGCUGGUGGUCCAUGAGCAGCUUCAUGAUGGAGAGAAGCGCUACAAGUGCUUGCAGUGUGGGAAGAGCUUCAGGCAGAGCAGCACCCUGAUCAGCCACCAGAUGAUCCACACCGGGGAAUGGGCCUACGAGUGUGGGGAAUGUGGGAAGGGCUGCAGCUACAGGUCAGAACUCAUCAGGCACCGGUGCAUCCACACUGGGGAGAGGCCCUAUGAGUGUCCCCAGUGUCAGAAGAGGUUUCGGACCAGCUCAAAUCUCCUCAAACACCAGCAGAUUCACACAGAGGAGAGGCCCUUCCGCUGCCCUGAGUGUGGGAAGGGCUUCAAGCAAAACUCCACCCUCAUCAGGCACCGGCGCAUCCACACUGGGGAGAGGCCCUACAAGUGCCCAACCUGUGGGAAGAGGUUUCACACCAGCUCCAAUCUCCUCCUGCAUGAGCGGAUUCACACAGAUGAGAGGCCCUUCCGCUGCCCUGAGUAUGACAUCGAAGAGAAGGUUUUGUGA